CCAGUAGGAGGGAUGGCAGCAGGAAGGCUGUGAAGAACAGAAAGUGAGUGAAACAGCAUCACCAAGAAGAGAAACCUGAUACAUCUGCAUCUUUUUCCCUCACUGUGCCACACCUGACCGACUAGAGCUGAUCAAAGCAGAGCUCCAGAUGAUGACGACGAAGCAAAACAGUCAAGCGGAGGACACGACAGCCUGCCAGCAUCAGCAGCAGAGAAGGAGGGCUGCCCAAUCAUCAGCUGACAUGCUCAAGAGUUCAGCAGCCAAUGAAAUGCCAGGAGGCGCCCUCCCCAGCACCACCACUCAGACGCAGAGACAGCACAAGCCUGGCUCAGAUCUCUUAUUAAUGAAUGGAGCCGUUCCCAGGCUGCAUCACUGCACAUCUCUGCACUCUCUGCUCGGCUGCUCUCUGCUCUGAACGCAGGAAAACGAGGGAACAGCAUCAACAGUGACAGAAGGGACAGCAGCAGUACAGGAAGACACUGGCUAUGAAGCGAAGGCAAAGAAACACAGACACCCAUGAUGAGGACACAACUGAGGACAUGGCAGCAGCUAUUAAAAGCACGGACUCGCAUCCUGAUCUCCACCCACCGGACUUAUCUUCUCCAUCAUCAUCAUCUUCUCCCCCUCUCCCUCCACUAGUCAUGCCACCUUCUACAUCUGCCACGGCUCUCCUGGCGCUGGCAUCUCCGGCCACCAGGCGCUCAAUUUCCAUGGGAGACUUCCGAAGGGUGACAGGGGCGCUGCUAGCCGGUUCUGAUCCCCCAUCCACCUCUGCCACGGCCCCAUCCUCCAAACAUGUCACCCCCAGCUCCAGCAUGGAGUUUGAGGCGGCCAGGAGGCGCCUCCUGGAGGUGGAGGAACGUCAGCGUGUCAUCAGAGAGAUGGAGCGACGGCUGGAGGAGCUUAGGGAGGUGUUUGUGCGCUCGGAGCAGGAGGUGGUGGUUCACGGGGAGCUGGUGUCACGGAUAUCUAGUGCAGCCCAGCAGGGGGAGCUGUACGUGGCAGAGAACAGCCAACGGUUGAAGAAAGGCAUGAGGUUCAAGAAACACCGGCCCACCAUCGUCUUUUCCUCCAUGCUUGGACUUCGCACGUGCCUCCCCUGGCCUGUGAAGCUCAAAUAAGACAAUAGAGGCUUGCAUUUUAUCCAUCACUUUAGAAAUGUGCUUUAUAUAACUGGGAGGGUAGGCUCCCAUUCUUUAGCUAUCACUCAUUGACGCGGCUGCUCUCUAGUUUCCACCGUUAUGCUCUUGUAUCCAGAGGCUGGUCCUCAAGGGCUUUAGAGUGCCUACAAUAAUCACACAUGCUAGUAAGGAGCUUCCCAUUCAGUGCGGUUCUGAGGAAAUUCUCUGGCUAGAAAAACAAUCGGGCCAGUAUCAGUGCAAUGUGUACAGGAUGUCAUUAUACCUUCAUUGUUCUCACAGGUGCAUUGCUGCUUGCAGUUUGGUGUGGUGUGGGACUUGCAUACGUGGUGCAUGGAUGAGUCAUUUUUCAGGUGAUGUGGGAGGAGAGGUUCAGACUGGCCCUUGAGGUAUCGAGUUCUUUGUUGUACAUCACUGAACUUACGCAGCAAUGCACAAAAAGCCAAUGAGGAUUAUGUAACGUUAGCCUUCUCAGUGGAGGGAGAGGAAAGGAGUGAGUGAGACGGCAAAAAAAUGAUGAGGAGAUAGAUGAAGGCAUGGGACAAUCUGCUAUUAAGACAGGAGUGAAGGACAGUGAAAGUGGAGAUGUCAAUCUAAAGACUGCUGCACCAUUAUAUAAAACCAAGAAUGCAGUAACAGGAAAAGGUGGUGGUGAAAUUGCACAAAUUGUGGAACUGAAUUGGCUGAGAAAACGUGCCUUGGCUCCUCUGAGACCACUCGUCCACUAUCACAGCAUCUGUUUUGACAGCAUAAACAAGGAAAGAUAUUCACCUGUGGCCUCUUUUUAUCCAGUCACUUAGCAACCGCUCAUCUCCCUAUCCUAAAUCCACUUCUGCAAACAUACAGAAUGUAUCCAGCCGAGUGUUGUAACUACAACACUGUGUGACAGCUGUAGAGUUCCCUCCUGAAGGAUUAGGAGCUAGUAUUUCUACCGCUUUAUUUAAAAAAAAAAAACAAUUAGAACUGGCUGUGUAGUCAAAAAUAUUACUGAUGGAGGCUUGUUGUGACAUUUAUGUGAAGAUUAAGUUAAGUCAUGCAUGCAUCAGCAGGGAAAGCCAGGGCAGGCCAUCACUAUUUGGUGUUGUAAUUGACAAUAGCAAGCUGUUUAGAGUUGCCUCUUAGAAUGCAACCACCAUAUACUGUAGCGUGCACAACAACAUUCUCACUGGUGUCAUGUCACUCAUCAAUUUGUUGCACAAGAAAGUUACAAACUAUGUUUGUAAUCAGGGUUUCUUUGUGUGAUAUGUGCAUUAGCAACAAGUAAUUAUGUUGCAAUCCUUCAUGCACAGCAAUGUCUUUGUCCCAUAUGUAGAAGAUGACCUAAUUUUCACACUCAUUUUGUGCCCUAAUUCUGUUUCCCUCCCUCCCAGUUUCUCCUCUCUUUAGAUUAAGAAAUGACUAAGUAUCUCCUGUACUCAUGUAUUUCACCAAUCCCUUGCUUCAGCUGUAUUUGUGAGCACAGAAGGCACAGCCAAUACACCAGGGAUGUCUAUUUUUGGCAUUUGAAGGUUAUGGCAGAGAGGCAGGGAAUUCAAUCUCAGCACGGUGUUUGUAGGAAAAAAAGCAUGUGUAGAGACCAGAGUGCAUCGUAUUUAUCUAUGCGUGCUACUUUUCCAAAAGAAUGAAAAAGGGAUUUCUGCAAGUCCCUGAUGGUGCUUUGUUUGUUCUCCUAUCUAUUAAUGACCUCACCGGGGAACAAAGGAGCAGGGCUGUUUACAAGAGAGAUACAUGAUUUGACUGUAUAAUCACUUACCGUAGGUUUCCAUCAAAUCCUCAUGUGCACUUAAGUGUUCCAGUUGUAACUGUUCCCUUGUAGCAAAGGUACACAUGAUCGAGAAAUGUUGCUGCAUCAUUUUAGAUGCAUUAGAAACAAAUUUUUGUCUCUGUCACAUCAUAAAUGGCAGGAGAAAAUACUAGUGAACUGCCCUGAGAUUGGGCUGCCUGCAUCCUGCAGGCAACCUGAGAAGAAAAGCACGAUGCAUGUGAAAAUGAAUGGGAAGGCUUAUAGCAUGGAUUUUAAAAUGUAGGUUGAUGCAAAUCAAUUAGAAUGAGGCCACAAGUUAGCUUUGGGUAUUUUCUGGUUUUGACUCUAAGGGCUUAAACGAUGAGUUUGCCUGAGCUUCUUAGAAGCACAGUCAAAGGGGCACUUUUAUUUCAGAUUUAACAUGUGAAGUUCAGUUUACUGUAAUGAAGAGAACCACUUCGUCUGUGACAAAAGCUGUAAAAUAUCUUCUGUGGCUCAGGAAGAAUGAUUCAAAAAUCUGAAAACAAAACAAACAAAAAAAACCUUUAUGGCAUCAGAGUGAUGUUAUCAAUGUUGGACUCGAGGUGUAGUAUUUCUAAUUCAAUGCUAAUGCUAAUUCAAUUUAAAGGGCAGAAAGCUCAGUGAAUCAAAAUGAGGAUAUUUCAACCUUUCUUUAUAUAAUCUGCUCCUAGACUUUAUGGAAUCGCUGCAGUACCUCUUCAAGCAAAGAAUAUGUUGCAGAUUCAAUGUUACUGUUGAGCAGCCAGGAUGACCUUAUCCUUGAAUGUUGACAAACUCUAUCAAAGCAUUCCACACGGCCAAGGUAACCACUGCUUGCUGUAUUUGUGCACAUCUAUACUAAAAUGUAUCCAGCUCAGAUAGUUGCUAGCAAGAUGCUUUUGCAGAAUAAAAGGGUCGCACAGGCCUUAAACAUGCAUUCAUGGUCCUAUGUACAUAGCUAGAGUUCUACCUGAAUAUACAGCUGGCCUAUAUAUUACUUUUAACAUGCCUUAUGCAACAUUUGUGCAUUGGCAAUUUUAAUAACGAUGGUGAUGAUUAAGGUGAACUCGUGACUAUCAUAGACUUCAUCCAAAAACAUCUUUAUCUGAGGAGGAAAACAUUCUAGUCAUGCACUGCUGUGGGACUGCACUUUUUGUGUUUUCUAUGAAUGAAAAAAAAAGACUACGUUUCCCAAAGAUCUCUGGGCCCACUUGCAGAAUGAAUGUAAUUGUUACUCAAGUGUUUCUGUUGUUUUUCCUGAACACUGACUACACAGUAGAAUCGCAUCGGUCUUGUUUGAGCCUGUGGUUGGCGAUAAAUGCCCUUGUAUUUGCUUUUUAUUCUGCUGGAAUCACUUUCAAGGUGAGAAAACUUCUCAUACAAGCGACUGCGGCUUUUAAACUGAAAGGAAUAAAUGUUUGGAGAACUGGAAACUCACAACCCUUUACUGACAGAUGCUGGCCAACCACAGGUCUAAACUCUUCCUGAUGUUUCUUUAUCCUUCUGAAUGUUUUACUAUUUUGUGUUUGUGUAGUGUAGUAUGAUGUGUAUUUACGUUAAGAGCACAGAAAUUUCCAUUUUCCUCAAAUCAGGUGUUUAUUACCUUUUAUUCAUAGUACAAUAUUUUUGUUGAUUGAGAGCUGUAUAUUCUACUUCAGUAUGAAUGUUAAGUCAAACUUACGAAAUGUUAUUUAAUAAUUCAAGAGCAACUGCAGGUUUGGCAUUCAUUUACUUUCAGUUAUAAAUAUGAAAUGGAACAGGUAACUGUAUUAAUUACAGAUUUAAAAGUCAGCUGAAAUAGACGUUAGCUCACUACAAACCUUGAUGUAUCUAAUGUACCAGCUUUCAAAAAAAAAGGCUUUUGCGUUCUGCUGCGAUGUGAAAUAAUGAAUGUUCUGCCCUGUUUUAUGCUUAAACUUGCUGCCACUUAUUUGUUUUCUUACACUGUUAUUUACUGAAGCACAGAGCUACAAUGAGCAACACUAGGAAAACAUUAAAAUGUUUCAUUUUAAUUAGUUUUUGUAAGAUAGGCUGAAUUAUUAGAAUAAAUGGACUAAAUUACUCAAA